GCAAACUCCGGAUUCCACCACAGUCAUGCGGCGGCGGUGUGUGUCGUUCCUUGAUGCGACUUCCGGGGCGGCGUACACGCGUUCCCAAGUGAAUAUUGAACUAUCUUCCGUGCACAACCGCCGUGUCCAUCCAUCUGGGGCUCUGGAACAGAGCAUCCACGACGUAUGGGCAGCCAAACUCGCGAACAACCCUCGCCUCUUCAACGGCACCAAGUUCAGGCUCGCAGCAUUCACUGCGACGCCCACAAGCCUUCAUAUGGAGUGGGGGCUUACAGACUACAAGACAUAUCUGGGCCUUUGCUCGCGAUGCGACGUCGUCAGCUCGCUUGCAACACCUCCCAACCAAGACACCACCAUCUACUUGUCCAACAAGAUUGGCGUCGCCGGCGCCCUUUUGACAGCAGACGACAAGGUUUGCUUCCUGAAGCGAAGCUCCGUCGUCGGGGCGUACCCCAACAUGCUCGACGUGCCAGGCGGACAUCCCGAACCCGAGCACAUUGGCAUUGACUGGUCGUCCCUGCCUGUGGAGCCCGACGACGCCACCAACCGGCGAUGCGCGGCCGAGUUCUUCGACUCGAUCGCGGUCGAGAUCGUAGAGGAGGUGAACGUCCCGUCGUCGACGCUGUCGCCCCCGCUGCUGCUCGGUGUGACGCUGCAAGGAGAAGCCGCAACCCCAAGCUUUGCAUUUGUCGUGCGGUGCAAUCUGGACGCUUCUGCCAUCGCUGCGUGGUAUGCGCAAGGGCCCGUGGACCAGUAUGAGACGACCAAGCUGAUCUUUCAACCGCUCCAGGCUGCCUUGACCUCGAGAUCGAGCGGCAUCAUGACUCCGUCAGCGGCUGGGUGCUUCGAAUUGCUGGGGCGGUACCUCGACUAUGAGCCCCCCACUACAAGGAGUAGUAGUAGUACUACGUAGUAACUCUUAAAACCUGAUGACACACUCGUACACCACACUACUGCGUAGUUAUGUACAGGAAAGUGGUCCGAAA